AUGUCAGCGAUUACAACAGACAGUUCUACAACAAUAAGAGUGUAUUCAAGCCCCUCCGAGCAAUUGACUUCCAGUGUGGGAACUGAUGCGACCAUAGCGCACUCUACUCCACUGCCUGGGCCGGAAGGAGAUUACCCGGCAGAUCAAGAUAUAACAGACGAUUUGAAAGAUCUGAAAUGGAUUUUUCCUGUUCAAAUUAAAAUUGAAAAUAGAAAUCUGAGCUGUUAUAAUGACUCGUAUCAAUUCGGAGAAGAAUUUAUAAACGAGAUGACGCCAUAUUAUGAUACAGAAGAACUUCCGGGAUUCAAAGAAAUAAAUAUCACUGAUUUAAGGAACGGUUCUAUAGAAGUUGACUAUAUAGCCAUCUAUUACGAACAUGAAUUACAAACUCACGGAAAUGAUUCCGGCGUGGAAAUUGAUGCAGAAUAUGUACAUAACAACAGUUUAGCCAUAUAUUAUGAAAGCAACACUACACUCUAUGCGCUUGACGAGAACUACACAGUGUACGGUGAUGAAUACAGAGGAUCGUAUAACAUUUGCGUAGUAAUACCGGUAACAUGUGAUGAAAACUUUAAAUGUACUAAUGAAACGGGGGACGUUAUCUGCUCUUCAAAGUGUACAUAUGGUUAUUGCGGUGAUGGGUACUGUGUACAUGAAGAAGAUAUCACGUGCUGGUGUCCUGCAGACCCCGAGUCUGACAUGUGGUAUCGUGGUGAACGUUGUCAAUAUUCGAUGAGUCACUCCAGUCUCAUUCUGAUAUUCUGGCUCGUACUCGCCUUCAUUUUGAUCUGUUUUAUUGUUAUGAUCCCGUGCGUAACCAAGGUAGCGAAAAGCAGUUUCCGAAAAGACGCAGAAAAGGCCAAGAACUCUAAAAAUCGGCGGGAAACAUCUGACGAGAAUAACGCGCUCGAUAUGGUGAUAAUAAAUCCACGAUACGAUAGCAAUCACGUGAAGACUGACGAUGAAUCAACGGACGUGGCUGAAAAUCACAAAACGGACGCUUCGGAAAUACGAUUCACUACGGAUAUCCCUACUUACGACCGAAAUGAACCGCGUUAUAACGGAAAUGACGUAAUCACAAAUCCGAGUGCCCUGAUGAUGAAUUCGGAAUUAAACCAAUUGGAGGAAGACCCACAAAGUCCACUGUAUUCACCAACCAUGCCCGUGUUGGCAUACGAAGCAAAAAACAUGGUUGACGCAAGAAACUUUAAAAGACUUAGCGCUUUACAAAAUGAUAAGGAUGCUAGGUGGUCUGGUCACUAUAGCGACAUCGACGAUUAUAACGUAAACAACUUUAAAAUGAUGAUACCAGAUGCUGACUACUGA